CUGCCAACCACCACUACUAAUAAGUUUAAUCAGAUAGUGAUAAUCAUAUUAAAGGUGUUUCAGCUCCUUACUGUAUAGUGCCCCAACCAUUUGGUAACCUUUCGUGUCGUGUAGUUCACGAGACCGACAUCCUCCCUCUGUAUUUCAUAAGUAAUUAGACGUGUCACUAUCAUUAUCUUUACUACUAAUUUGUAUUAUAUAUCAUACCAUAACUAAUUGAAAAUCCAUUAAAAUCAUUUCAAAUCAUUUCAAAUGGAUCUAGACACUACAAAACAAAAGCGGAAUCGCAGUACUCAAGACAUUGCCCCAUCAGAUCCUAAUUUUGAUCGAUCUAAACUAACGGCUGAACAAUACAUAGAACAACUAUUAUUUGAGAAUAGAGAGUUACAAGCAUUACUUAUUCGAAAGGAUAAGAGAAUUGCUGAAUUAAUAGAACUUUCUAAACCCAACAGUAGUUAUAAUUAUAAUUAUUAUCAGAAUGCUUCAGUAUCUUCCUUUGAUACUGCACCGGAAAUCAAACCUAUAACAUCAGUUGAAACAGUUAAAUCAAUAACUCCUUCAAGUACAGUAGUUAAAUUAAUAAGUACAAGUACAGAUGAACAUGCAGUAGAAAUCCCAUCUCGAUCAUCAAGAAGAAGACGAAAUUCAAAUUCUCUUGAAAAACUGAUCCCUUCAAUUGCAAAUCUUGAUGAUUCAACUACGGUAUCUCCAAUAUCUCCAUCUAUAAGUAUUCCAAAUUCUUCAAAUAUAAGUAAUUUAUCAUCAUCCACAUCUAUUGGGAAACCUACUAAUAAUUCUAAUACUCAAGUAUAUAUUGAAGAAGUCAAAAAGGAAUCUUAUACAGUAUCUUCAGGUUUAGCUCCUUCAUUAGUUUAUACUCCAUCUAUAAGACAAGAACCCAAUCGUCCACCAAUCACUCAUAAGAAUAGUUCUCAAUCAUCAUUCUCCACCCAAAUCCCCGUCUCGACUCCUUCAAGUUCCGAAUCUUCUAUGACUCCUAUUCAACUGGAUUAUUCGUCUACUGUUGAGAAACGUCCACCUAUUUCCAAGACUCCCAGCCUUACUCAACCACACCAACAACCACAACCACAGCCAGUUCAAACUAAUUCCAAUUCCAAUUCCAACUCCAACUCCAACUCUUCUUCUAGUUCUUACAAAUCAAGAAUAAAACUACCUCCAACACUACAACACAGUCAACGAGAUGGAAAUAUAAGUGCAUCUUCAGAUCUGACCUAUAUUCAACCAUCAUCUACUCAUUCCAAUUCCAAUUCGAAUCCGAAUCCUCACCUUCCCUUACUUCAACCACCCAUUGAUCAUACCAUACUUAAAUCUCCCGCAGUAUUUGAACUUAACAAUAAUAUUUUACUUGGAUCAAACCAAUCAAGUCCAUUACCCAAUCAAAAUAGAUUCUCACCUAUGUCUCAGAGUACUAGUCAAUUUACUAAUAGUGAUUCUAGUAGUUUAAAGAGACUUCCAACCACUCCUGAUGUAAUGUCUAAUAAUAAAUUUACUAUGAAAUUGAAUGAUAUACCUAAUGGAACUCUUGAAGAAGAUACUACCAAAAGUUAUAUAUCUUCACCAGUUCAAGGAUCAUUUACUCAUUCUCAAAGAAGUCCUGGACAAUUAGGUGGAGGACAUAGAAUUGAUAAUGAUAUACUUCGAACUCCAUUAACUACGGAAUUUGAUUCUCAAAGUAAAUUCUCUGUACAAACUCCAGGGUCAAGUUUUAAUGUAUUAGGUACUCCAAAAUAUGAUGAUGAUUCAUCAUUGGCUAUUAAACCUGAAGAAUUCCAUGCCAUUUCAAUAAUUAUUGCUAGUACAAUAUCAAUUCAAUCAAAUAACAACAACAAUAACAAUAACAAUAAUAGUACUAAUAAACGAUCAGAUGAUCCAAAUGUAACAAUUUCAGUAAUUGAUAAAGAAUCUAAUCAAGAAAUGUGGAGAGUAAGAAAGACAUAUUCCCAAUUAAUAUCAUUUGAUGAAGAAAUUCGACCAAUAAUUCAAUUUUUUGGGUUACCCCAAUUACCUGAUAAAUCAUUAUUUAUUUCUACUGCCCCAAGUAAAAUUGAUCAAAGAAGAAUUACUUUACAAUCAUAUUUUAAUUCAAUAUUUGUUAUACCUCAUAUACCUCAACUGGUUAUAUAUAGAAUUUGUAAAUUUGUUUCAUUUGAUAUUAUAAGUCCUUUAGAUGAUUAUAAAAGUGGAGCUAGAAAGGAAGGUUAUUUAGUUAGAAGAUAUAAAGGUUUAGGUAGUACUUGGAAGAUUCGUUGGUGUCAAGUUGAUGGACCAUUUUUAGAAAUUUAUGAAUAUCCUGAAGGUCCAUUAGUUGAACAAAUUAAAUUAAAGGGUUCACAAAUUGGUACUCAAUCAAAUGAUACAGUGGCCGAAGAAAAGGGCUAUAGACAUGGAUUUUUAAUAAUUGAACUGCAAAAAUCUCUGAAAUUAUCUUCUUCAUUACCCAAAUAUUUCUUUUGUGCAGAAAAUGAUGAAGAAAGAGAUGCUUGGGUUACUGCAUUAGUUGAAUUUAGUGAUUUAGGAAGUUCAACUGGUGAUACUUCGACGAUUUCAGCUGAAUCCGAUGAAUUUAUAGAUACUCCAUCAAGUAAAUAUCCUGAUGAAUUAGAAUUAACUUCAAGAAAGUAUACCAAUGGAUCAGGUUCUGCAUCAGCAUCAGUAUCUGGUUCAGGUUCUGCAUCAGCUACUAGAAUUAAUUUCGAUCAAUCAUCUUAUAUAACAUCUAAUUCUCAAGAUGAUAAAGAAACCAAAGAACCUAAAAAGCAUAAGAUGAGAAAUAUCUUUCAAUUUAGAGGUGGGAAGAAUUCUCAACCACAAUCACAACAAUUAUCAACUGAAAAUAUCUUAGAUGAUGUUGAUACUAGUAGUAUAAUUGUUCCAUUAGCACAUUCGACUUCGACGAUUUCUGAUUAUUUAAAUAAUUCAGGUACUAGUAGUAGUACUAAUAAUAAUACUCUAACUAAAUCUAUAUUUGGUAGAGAUAUUGAAGAAGCAUUUAAUAUAUCCAAUGAUAUAUUUAUGGGCAAAUCAAUUCCAUCAAUAUGUUAUAGAUGUUUAGAUUAUCUUACCAGAACAGGAGCCAUGUAUGAAGAAGGAAUCUUUAGAUUAAGUGGAUCUGCCACCUCAAUAAGACAAUUAAAAGAUCAAUUUAAUCAUGAAUUUGAUCUUGAUUUAUUUACAUCUGAUUUAAAACCUGAUAUAAAUACGGUGGCCGGAUUAUUUAAAACUUAUUUACGAGAAUUACCCAGUCCCAUAUUAGGAUUAAAGACUUAUAAUUAUUUACAUAAUUUAGUGCUUAAUUCAACACUAAGACCAUCGCAUUUAGCUAUGGAAUUUCGAGAUUAUUUUAAUGAUAUAAAUAAUGUGGAUGAGAUUCAUUAUGAUAUAUCAUAUGUAAUCUUUUACUUUUUAAAUCAAAUCAUUAGUCAACAACAAAUGAAUCGAAUGAAUUUAAGAAAUGUGUGUAUUGUAUUUUCUCCAACAUUAAAUAUAUCGGUGGAAGUACUUCGAACCUUUUUAGAAGAUUUCGAAUGUAUAUUUAAUAAUGGCAAUCCUUUACCGGAUGAUAAGAGACAGAUAUUAGAUAUUCAUAUUCCGAAUUUUUAAUGAUAUAUAUAUAUAUAUAUAUAUAGUUACUUACUUAGUUGCUUAUUUAUUUAUUUGUUUAUAAUACACAGACGUUACCACUCACUCUCUCCUGUAGCCUUAUGAAAUACAUAAUCUCUUCCAUCAAUAUUAGCAAUACCUU